UCCCCCCCCAACACACCUCGGGUUUCCUCACCUUGCAUUGGUGCUUUGGCAUUGGUGCUUUGUGCCGGGUAGGGAAGGUUACCAUAAGGGCUUUCCGUAGUACUUGCUUUCCUUCCAUUAGAAACCAGUUCUUCCAUAAGCGCAAUUCAUACACGUCACCUCUGUGCGCUCCGGAAGCAGAUCCUCAUCUGUGCAUGAUAGGAAAACUCUGGGCUCUAAAAAUGCCACUUUGAGUUCUCAAAAUGCAGCUUUUGUUUGUUUGUUUCUUUCUUUUUCUUUUUGUAAUUUUGGUCGAGUGGAUGGGAGUGGCCUUGUCUGUACCACGCAGGGCCUCAUUGUUGUUAUCUCAGCCAAAAAGUUACCUAGAAACAUUUGUUGAGCCUGAAAGUCAGUGGUUUGUCUUCUACCUAUCUACACGUAGAUAUAUGCUUUGAAAAGUCUCUCACGGAAGUUAGAAAAUACUGCCUGUGUGUCACUGUAAAAGUCCAGUGACUUCAGUAAUUUCCAGCUCUUUCCCCCGCCCCCUUAUUAUUAUUCCUGGGCCUUCCGCUGUGAUUUGGUGCCUGUGGAGUUCCAGGUUCUUCCUAGAGAAAUAUGCACCAUUUCCCCCCCCCCCUUUUCUUUUAAAGACAAAAGAUCGAGUUUGCUUUACUAGCUUCAUUAAGGUUGAGGAAUAGAAAACUAAAAGGAGUAAAAUUAACAACCAAAUUUGAUAAUGAUGGGGGUAAUUUUUUAUUGAGUGUAUUUUUUUUAAAAAGCAAACUUAACACAUGAGAGGCUGAGGAUGGAAGGAACUUCUUUGUUCUAUCUUCUUCAGAAUGUUAGAAGUCUUGAGAACUCAGGACAAGCAAGCAGAAAUACAUGCAACAUGGUGACUGGAACCCUAAGGACUCUGCAAUAUGAAUAAUUCUCUGGAGAACACCAUCUCUUUUGAAGAGUAUAUCCGAGUGAAGGCUCGGUCUGUUCCACAACACAGGAUGAAGGAAUUUCUGGACUCAUUGGCCUCUAAGGGACCCGAAGCUCUUCAGGAGUUCCAGCAGACAGCUACCACUACCAUGGUGUACCAACAGGGUGGGAACUGCAUUUACACAGACAGCACUGAAGUGGCUGGGUCUCUGCUUGAACUCGCUUGUCCAGUCACUACCAGUGUUCAGCCCCAAACCCAGCAGGAACAGCAGAUCCAGGUUCAGCAGCCGCAGCAGGUUCAGGUACAGGUGCAGGUACAGCAGUCUCCGCAGCAAGUCUCAACUCAGCAACUCUCCCCUCAGUUCACCGUUCACCAGCCUGCGGAGCAGCCCAUCCAGGUGCAGGUGCAGAUCCAGGGCCAGGCGCCACAGUCAGCAGCCCCCUCCAUCCAGACCCCAUCUCUGCAGAGCCCCAGCCCCUCCCAGCUACAAGCAGCCCAGAUCCAGGUGCAGCAUGUGCAGGCGGCCCAGCAGAUCCAGGCGACAGAAAUCCCGGAGGAGCAUAUCCCACAUCAGCAGAUCCAGGCUCAACUGGUGGCUGGCCAGUCUCUUGCUGGGGGUCAGCAGAUCCAAAUCCAGACCGUGGGUGCCCUUUCCCCACCACCAUCCCAGCAGGGCUCCCCCCGGGAAGGGGAGCGGCGGGUUGGUGGCACAGCCAGUGUCCUCCAGCCAGUGAAGAAACGCAAAGUGGACAUGCCCAUCACUGUGUCCUACGCCAUCUCAGGGCAGCCCGUGGCCACCGUUCUGGCUAUUCCACAGGGCCAGCAGCAGAGUUAUGUGUCUUUGAGGCCAGACUUACUGACAGUAGACAGUGCUCACUUGUACAGUGCCACUGGGACCAUUACUAGCCCUACAGGAGAAACUUGGACCAUCCCGGUUUAUUCUGCCCAGCCCCGGGGGGACCCUCAGCAGCAAAGCAUUACACACAUUGCCAUUCCCCAGGAAGCCUACAAUGCAGUUCACGUCAGUGGCUCCCCCACAGCCCUGGCCGCUGUAAAGCUGGAGGAUGACAAGGAGAAGAUGGUGGGCACCACGUCUGUAGUGAAAAACUCCCAUGAAGAAGUAGUGCAGACCCUUGCAAACUCUCUCUUUCCAGCACAGUUCAUGAAUGGCAACAUCCACAUUCCAGUGGCUGUGCAGGCCGUAGCAGGCACAUACCAGAAUACAGCUCAGACUGUUCAUAUAUGGGACCCCCAGCAACAGCCACAGCAGCAAACCCCUCAAGAGCAGACGCCGCCGCCGCCACCACAGCAACAGCAGCUCCAGGUCACUUGCUCAGCUCAAACGGUUCAGGUUGCUGAAGUUGAACCACAGUCACAGCCACAGCCUUCCCCAGAACUUCUGCUACCCAAUUCUUUGAAGCCCGAAGAAGGACUUGAAGUGUGGAAAAACUGGGCCCAAACCAAGAACGCUGAACUAGAGAAAGAUGCUCAGAACAGAUUGGCACCUAUUGGGAGGCGCCAAUUGCUACGGUUCCAGGAAGAUCUCAUCUCCUCUGCUGUGGCGGAGUUGAAUUAUGGGCUCUGUCUAAUGACACGGGAAGCUCGAAAUGGAGAAGGUGAACCUUAUGACCCAGAUGUACUCUACUAUAUUUUCCUGUGUAUUCAGAAGUAUCUUUUUGAGAACGGAAGGGUAGAUGACAUCUUCUCUGAUCUUUAUUAUGUCCGAUUCACGGAAUGGCUACAUGAGGUUCUGAAGGACGUUCAACCCCGGGUCACUCCACUUGGCUAUGUUCUGCCCAGCCAUGUGACUGAAGAGAUGCUGUGGGAGUGUAAACAACUUGGGGCACACUCCCCUUCCACCUUGCUGACCACUCUCAUGUUCUUUAAUACCAAGUACUUCCUGUUGAAAACAGUGGACCAGCACAUGAAGCUGGCUUUCUCCAAGGUCUUGCGACAGACGAAGAAGAACCCCUCUAAUCCCAAGGAUAAAAGCACGAGUAUCCGGUACCUGAAGGCCCUUGGGAUACACCAGACUGGCCAGAAAGUUACAGAUGACAUGUAUGCAGAGCAGACAGAAAAUCCAGAGAAUCCACUGAGGUGUCCCAUCAAGCUCUACGACUUCUACCUCUUCAAAUGCCCCCAGAGUGUAAAAGGCCGGAAUGACACCUUUUACCUGACACCCGAGCCAGUGGUGGCCCCCAACAGCCCAAUCUGGUACUCAGUCCAGCCUAUCAGCAGAGAGCAGAUGGGACAAAUGCUGACCCGGAUCCUGGUGAUACGAGAAAUUCAGGAGGCCAUCGCCGUGGCCAAUGCAAGCACCAUGCACUGAGAUGCUGCCUCAGUGAUGGGCCAAGAAAAAAAACAAAAACAAAAACAAAACAGCCAGGAAAAAUUGGACAGACUUUUACACUAAAGAAGAGGCCUCCAUUUUUUUUCUUUUUUCUUUUUUACUCGUGUAGUUACAAAGCUUUUCAGGCUACUUCUGUUAAAAAUGUAAAAGAAAACUUGGCCCCCUUUGCAUCUUCAUAGACCUACAAAAGACUCCAGGCCAUGGGGGCUCUGGGUUUCCUGAGAGCCAGAUGUCCUACAAUGUGGCUGGUUGACAUUUUUUUUUCUUCCCCCCUCCGGCUUGGGGAAAGGGCUUGGACUUGUCUAGGAGAAAUGGGGCCCCUUCCCCCCUCUUCAAGAAAGAUGGAAUUAAUGAUGGAUCGACCCCUCCAGAGACCAUCUCCUCAGCUGGCUUCCAAUCUGGACUGGCCGACUUCCCCGACCACAGAGAGAGCCGCAUUCUUCCCUCCCUUGCUCUGAUAUCAAUUUAGCAUCCUAAUGGAAGAAAAACGAGGGGAACUUCAAUUAUGAUUUAUUAAAGACAAUUUCUAUGACAUCCCCCCCCCUUUAUGACAAGUGACAUUUUAGAUGUUAAAGUAAAAAAAAAAUUUUACCAUGCCUUUUUUUUUUUUUUUCUGGCCGAACAUGAGGCCUUAAACCUGAGGCUCCUGUGCCUGAUGGAAUUCUUGUAACAUACACUCGUGUAUCAUAUAAAGAUACCACUCUGUUUCUCUUAUGUAUUCUUACUCUAGUUGUUUAUUAAGAAUGACAAGCACGUCUUUUCAA